CCAGCAAAUGAGUUUGACCCUGUCUGGGUAUACCCUGUGCCCGCUGCCGGCGUUUUCCCGGACCUGACAAUACCCGAGAUGCCUGUCCCUACAACCAGCUUGGUCACCUACGACGUCACCGACGACGAUGACGGUGCUCAUGGAGACAUCACCUUUAGCAUCGUAUCUGCCACAACCGCCGAGGGCAGCGACGCCUACAGCAUGUUCCUCGUCGACCCCGUUGUCGGCUCCCUCUGGAUGACAGCAACACCUGACGCCGACACACAGACCGGAGGAACAAGCAGAUAUGACGUCAUCAUCUCAGCGGAAGACGGGGGUCAAAGGUCAAUCCAGGCCACACAGACAAUCCACGUGACCAACACCAACGACAAUCCUCCUACCAUAUGGGCGUCCUCACAUGCAAAGGAUUUGAUAGAAUCGACAGCUGUUGGUGCCGUUGUGUUCACCCUUGAGGUCAAGGACUUCGACCUUGACACCGUGACGUCAUCAGUGAUAGAGGGCGCUGAUCUGUUCAGCUUUGACGGGACGUCUGUGACAACGACGGGCGUGUUAGACUUUGAGUCUGUAAGGUGUCAUACCAUUGUCAUCAGUGCGUCAGAUGGUGUUCAUGACGUCAACGUCACAUUGACUGUGAACGUCACCGACGGCAAUGACCAAUCACCGGAAGUGACGUUACACGGCGCGGUGUCUAUACCGGAAGAACAACCAGUAGGGACCAUCAUUGGGGGACUGUUUGACGUCACAGAUAAAGAUGAAGUGGACAGUUUGACCUACUCUCUCAGUGGCCCGGACGACCAGUACAUUGAGAUAGAGCCCAGUACAGGAGAAGUGAAGGUCAAGGCCAGAAUAGACAGGGACGGAAGUAGUGGAGUUACCUUACUUGACGACCUGACCUUGACCGUGACAGAUCUUGCAGGUCACAGCACAAGCGCUAACUUGAACGUCAGUGUGUUGGACGUCAACGACAACGCCCCCGAGUGUACACAGACAGUGUUCCGAGUCAACAUCACCGAAGGGGAGCCAGAUGGGAAGGUAGCCACAUUAUCAUGCUACGACAACGACUCCGGCGACAACGGCAAUUUUGUCUUGUUCAUCACUGACGGUGACGACCUGAACUACUUCAGCCUCGUGGGGUUGGAGGUACACGCUGCCAGCUCCACCAUCGACUACGAGAGUAUCGACACCUCUGUCCCCUACAUCGUCACCGUCGGCGCCGUCGACCAGCCCACGACAGAAGCUGCCAAAACCGGCGCUGUAACAAUCAUAGCUCAGAUAUUACCCGUCAACGAGUUCGAUCCUACAUGGGUAUCCCCUGCGCCUACGGGCGUUCAGUUCCCGGAUGUAACAAUAUCAGAAGCAGCAGUAACGACAAGCAUCGUGGCCUACAAUGCUACCGACGAUGACGGCGGUGACCAUGGAAGAAUCACUUAUAAUGUUAUAUCAGCUACAACAGCCGAAGGCAGCGACGCCUCCAGCAUGUUCCUCGUCGACCCCGUCGUCGGCUCCCUCUGGAUGACAGCCACACCUGACGCCGACACACAGACCGGAGGAACAAGCAGAUAUGACGUCAUCCUCUCAGCGGAAGACGGGGGUCAAAGGUCAAUCCAGGCCACACAGACAAUCCACGUGACUAACACCAAUGACAAUCCUCCUACCAUCUGGGCGUCGGCUUUUCACCAUGAAAUACCCGAAGACACGGCAGUUGGUGCCGUUGUGUUCACCCUUGAGGUCAAGGACAUCGACCUUGACACCGUGACGUCAUCAGUGACAGAGGGUGCUGAUUUGUUCAGCUUUGACGGGACGUCUGUGACAACGACGGGUGUGUUAGACUUUGAGAAUGAACGUUGCCAUACGGUGUUAAUAAGUGCAUCUGACGGCGUCCAUGACGUUAACGUGACUUUGACCAUCAACGUCACAGAUGUCAACGACAAUUCACCGGAAGUGGCGCUUCACAGUUCGGUGUCCAUACCGGAAGAACUACCGGUGGGGACUGUGAUUGGUGGAGUGUACGACGCCACAGACAAAGACGACGGCGACACCUUCAGCUACACCAUCAGCGGUUCACACAGCCAGUACGUUGAGAUUGACUCGUCAACAGGCGACGUGAAGGUCAAGGCUAGGAUAGAUAGGGACGGGAAUAGUGGAGUUACCGUCCUUGAUGACCUGACCUUAACCGUAACUGACCUUGCGGGACACAGCAGCAGUGUGAACCUCAACAUCAGCGUGUUGGACGUCAACGACAAUGCCCCAGAAUGCUCACAGACUGUAUUCAAAGUCAACAUUACUGAAAACUCGACAGAUGGGAUGGUAGCGACAUUAUCAUGCUACGACAACGACUCCGGCGACAACGGCAAUUUUGUCUUGUCCAUCACUGACGGUGACGACCUGAACUACUUCAGCCUCGUGGGGUUGGAUGUACACGCUGCUAGCUCCACCAUCGACUACGAGAGUAUCGACACCUCUGUCCCCUACAUUGUCACCGUCGGCGCCGUCGACCAGCCCACGACAGAAGCUGCCAAAACCGGCGCUGUCACAAUCAUAGCUCAGAUACAGCCCCAGAAUGAGUUCAGCCCCGUCUGGGGGAGUCCGCAGGUUUUCAUUGCUGGUACCUUCCCUGACCUCACUGUACCCGAGGACACAGCUGCUGGUUCGGAUGUUGUCAAGGUCACAGCCGUAGAUGAUGACGCAGGAGAAGAUGGUGACGUUACAUACGAGUUUACUUCUGUGACUGACGAAACUGGAGCGGACAGGAGGAAUCUCUUCUUCCUGGACACAUCCACGGGUCUACUUACAACAUCAGGUGUUCUGGACAGCGACUUAGCAACGGGCGGGCUUGAGUAUUUUGACGUAGCACUAAAAGCCAGCGACGGAGGAUCCAUCUCAAACGUCAUAACGACGACCCUAAAACUGACUCUCACAGGGGUGAACGACAACGCUCCCGUCUUCAGGAACGCAGCGGCAGAGGUGACAGUGAAUGAGACGGUAUCUCCAGGAACGGACAUCUACAAACUAGAGGCUGAGGAUUUCGACGGUGACAGUGUUGACUUUGAGCUUAUAGGCGGUUCAACCACCCUGUUUCAAGUGGUAGGAUCGGAUCUUCGACUUCUACAGGAAUUGGACUAUGAGACUCAACAUUGUCACACUAUUGUGUUCAGUGCCAAAGACACCACAUACUCUGCAAACGUCUCCCUGACGAUCAACGUGGGCAACGUGAUGGACGAGCAGCCGGCGAUAACGCUGAUCCCUCCCCUGGUACUGUUGGAGGAACUUCCGGUCGGGAUGGGCGUGGGCGGCUUCCUGUCAGUCGAGGACCCGGAUGCAGGAGACAUCCUCGCCUACAGUAUCUCAGGCACGGGAUCCGACUUCUUCAACAUUGACAGUUCCACAGGGGCAUUCAGCAUUGCUAAGCGGAUUGAUCGAGACAGCCCAGGAAACGUGACUCUUGUUGAUGACCUUACCUUGACCGUGACAGACUCAGCGGGCUUACAAGACUCGGUAACCUUGAACUUCUCCGUUGUUGACCUCAAUGACAACACACCUAUAUGCGGGGUCACUUCCGGCCAGGUGACUGUGACGGAGAAUUCAGCAUCAGGUCUUGUUUUGUCCGAGAUCACUUGCAAUGACGUGGACAGUGGUGACUUCAGCACCGUCGCGAUGUCCAUCGACAGCACCAGCGACCCCAAUGGUUACUUCCAACUGUCCGGCACACAGCUUAUUUCGGGAGUUAAUGCUGUCGAUUAUGAGACCUUGGGGAGCACAGAUUACAUGCUGAAUAUCAAGGUCUUAGCGAUAGACAAUCCUAGCGGCGACAUCCAGCUCACAGCGACAUCUAUAGUUUCAAUCAAGGUACUCCCAGAAAACGAAUACACUCCUGUGUUUACGACACCGGUCUUAGGCGGAAGCGGAUUGUUCCCUGACGUCGCUGUGUCUGAGGAUGUUACCAUGGGAACAGUUGUAACUUCAUUCAACGCCACAGACAGUGACCACGGUGACGAUGGUCGGGUUGUCUAUGCAGUGACGUCCAUCACAACAGAUUCUGGAACCCAGAUAACCGGAACAUUUACAAUAGACACAUCAAGUGGCGAGUUGAGAGUUUCCGGGCAGCUGGACGCUGAUGCCGUCACAGGCGGCGUCAACUACUACACCGUCAACAUCACUGCCACAGACGCAGGCUCUUCACCUCGCUCUAUCCAAGGUGCUUUGAACGUCGACGUCACAGGGGCCAAUGACAACCCGCCCUUGUGGAACAUCACUGUUCAGGAAGUGGACGUUUUUGAAAACGCCAGUGUCGGAGAUGACGUCGUCUUUCUGAUGGCCGAUGACGCCGAUGGAGAUUCAGUGACCUUCAGCACUUCUGAUACCAAGUUCAAGGUUGACGGGUCAAUGUUGAAAGUCGACCAGCAACUAGACUUCGAGCAAGAACGUUGCCAUGCUGUUGUUAUUAGCGCCACAGACGGAAAGUACACGGUGGACCAAACUCUAGUAGUCCACGUCUUGGACUCAAACGACGAGACUCCUGUCGUCACGGUUACCAAGGUGAUAUACAUUCCUGAAGAGAUUCCAGUGGGGACGGACGUCGCGAGAGGCUACAUCGUCAGCGACGCGGAUGAGAACGACACCCUCACCUUCAGUCUCCAAGGUACAGAUAGUGGUCUCCUGGCGAUAAACAGUUCGACAGGGGAGAUAUCUCUCAAGGGAGCGCUCGACUUCGAGUCUUUAGCGUCCGGUAUCCUUGACGUUAUUCUUCACGUCGGCGACGUCGCCGGCCAUACUGUGACUCAGGCGUUGGAUAUCGUCAUCACAGACGUCAACGACAAUACCCCCGUAUUUAGCAAAGCAGUGCACAGCGUGUCUGUGACAGAGAAUUCCACUGGAGAGAACCUACUGCUGACCCUCACUGCGACCGACGCCGACACCGGAACCAACGGACAGUUUACUUUCAACAUCAGCGACGGCAACAACGACGGAAUGUUCCGACUUGAUGGAGACGACCUGUACGUGCAAGUCUUGGACUACGAGGCAGGAUCGUCCAUAAACUUCACAUACUCCCUGACUGUCACCGCCAUCGACCACGCAGCCCAUGCAAGAACAGGCGUCACCGUCGUCAUUGUGGAGGUCUCCCCUGAGAACGAGUUUGUGCCAGUGUGGAGCAGUCCGUCUGUGGAUGCUGCUGGAUACUUCCCCGGUUUAACUGUGGAUGAGGAUGUCGGCCUUGAUUUUGACGUUGUCACCGUUACAGCGACUGACGCGGACCUCGGAGAAGACGGUGAUGUGACGUACAGCGUUACGUCAGUUGUGUCAGAUACAAAUAGCAACAUGCCAGGUGUCUUCAUUAUCGAAUCUGGAACAAGCAAACUCAAAACCAGUUCUCUCCUUGACUUCGACCAAUCAACGGGAGGGGUGAAGUAUUAUGACGUCACGAUCACCGUCUCCGAUAAGGGAUCUGUUCCAAAGACCACCUCAGCAAUUCAACGUGUCAACCUCACCAACGUCAACGACAUCACACCACAAUUUUCAAACGACACCUACACCGUUAACGUAGCCUGCAACGUUGUUGCGGGGACAUUACUCGCGACGUUGUCGGCAGAUGACGAGGACACUCCGUCUCUUGUUUACGGAAUAGAAGCAGGAACCAACCCCUUUGUGUCUGUUGACAGUGUUUCAGGGGAGGUUACUCUCAUAGCCUCACCAACAGGUGGCGCUGUUACAGACUUGGCCCAAUCGAUACCGUUAUUGGUGUCCGAUGGGGGUUCCCCAAAUCUAGAGGGAAAGGGUCACUUGUUGGUUCUUUUUGAAAACUGCGACACCAAUAGCGACUGUGACAACGACACCAACGUCUACGCUCCUGUAUUCUCUCAACAUCUUCACACUGUCAGGAUUGCCGAAAACGCGACUGGAGAGACCCUACUGCUGACCCUCACUGCGACCGACGCCGACAACGGAACCAACGGACAGUUUAUUUUCAACAUCAGCGACGGCAACAACGACGGAAUGUUCCGACUUGAUGGAGACGACCUGUACGUGCAAGUCUUGGACUACGAGGCAGCAUCGUCCAUAAACUUCACAUACUCCCUGACUGUCACCGCCAUCGACCACGCUGCCGAUGCAAGAACAGGCGUCACCGUCGUCAUUGUGGAGGUCUCCCCUGAGAACGAGUUUGUGCCAGUGUGGAGCAGUCCGUCUGUGGAUAUUGCUGGAUACUUCCCUGGUUUAACUGUGGAUGAGGAUGUCAGCCCUGAUUUUGACGUUGUCACCGUUACAGCGACUGACGCGGACCUCGGAGAAGACGGUGAUGUGACGUACAGCGUUACGUCAGUUGUGUCAGAUACAAAUAGCAACAAGCCAGGCGUCUUCAUUAUCGAAUCUGGAACAGGCAAACUCAAAACCAGUUCUGGUCUUGACUUCGACCAAUCAACGGGAGGGGUGAAGUAUUAUGACGUCACGAUCACCGUCUCCGAUAAAGGAUCUGUUCCAAAGACCACCUCAGCAAUUCAACGUGUCAACCUCACCAACGUCAACGACAUCACACCAAAAUUUUCAAACGACACCUACACCGCCAACGUAGCCUGUGCCGUUGUUGCGGGGACAUUACUCGCGACGUUGUCGGCAGAUGACGAGGACAGUCCGUCUCUUGUUUACGAAAUAGAAGCAGGAGCCAACCCCUUUGUGUCUGUUGACAGUGUUUCAGGGGAGGUAACUCUCAUAGCCUCACCAACAGGUGGAGCUGUUACAGACUUGGCCCAAUGGAUACCGUUAUUGGUGUCCGAUGGGGGUUCCCCAAAUCUUCAGGGAAAGGGUCACUUGUUGGUGCUUUUUGAAAACUGCGACACCAGCACAGUUUGUAGUAAUGACACAAACCUCUUCACGCCGACAUUCUCAAAGUCACUUCACACAGUCGCUGUCCCAGAAAAUGCCACGGCAGAGAGCCUAAUACUGACCUUCACUGCGACCGACGCCGACAAUGGAACCAAAGGCCAGUUUACUUUCAACAUCAUCGACGGCAACAACGACGGCAUGUUCCGUCUUGACGGGGACGAUCUGUACGUGCAGGUCGUUGACUACGAAGGCGCCGCGUCGGUAAACUUCACCUACUCCCUGAUCGUCACCGCCGUCGACCACGCUGUUGAUGCCAGAACGGGUGUCACUGUUGUCGUGGUUGAGAUUACGCCCCAGAACGAGUUUGACCCUGUAUACCAGAGCCCGCAACCAGACACUAGCGGUGAAUUUCCAGUAUUGACCGUCGAUGAAGAUGAACCCCUAGGAUAUGAGGUCAUCGUAGUUACUGCCACCGAUGCUGACCUCGGGAGCGAUGGCAACGUUGUUUACAGUAUCGACUCGGUCUUGACAGAUACAGGUGCCAGCGAGCCAAACAAAUUCACCAUUGAUCCAUCCACUGGACGCAUGACAACGUCAUCUCAUUUGGACUUUGACCCUUCGACUGGGGGAACUGGUUAUUAUGACGUCACAAUUCUAGUUUCUGACAUGGGGACGCCGACAAGAAGCACCUCCGCCAUGCAGAGAGUGAUUGUUCACAACUUCAAUGACAUACAGCCAGCUUUAUCAGAAACCAUGACAACUGUGGACGUGGCAUGCGGCACGGCACCUGGAACGUCACUGGUGAUGUUAACUGCUGUUGACGACGACGGACCAAGCCUCAGUUUUGCUAUCGAUUCCGGGUCGAAUCCAUACGUUUCAGUGAGCAGUUCAGGGGAGGUAACUCUUCUAAGUUCACCAGUAGGUAGCGCUGUAGAUGACCUUGUUGAAAAUGUUCAAAUUGUGGUCUCAGAUGGCGGAAGCCCGGAAUUAAAGGUCACUGGACAUCUACAGAUUUUAUUCGAAAAUUGUGGAAACAGUACUAUUUGUGAUUCCGUUACUACGGCAACAACAUCAGAAGCUACAACGUGUGACUGCAGCAACAGAACGACCUCGGGAAAUGACCCACCAUCAAGGUCAACUGAUGACGUCAUUGAGACAUGGGUGAUGAGGGGAGUCGUCAUGCUGCUGACUGCGAUGCUGUUUGGAAUUCUUGCCAUGCAUUGCAGACCGAAGACGCCAAGCAUUCCGCAAAAGGGGAACGGUAAAGUGUUCCCCCGGGAAUCUACGCUGGAGAGAGGGAUCCAGGACGAUUCAGGAAAGCCCUUCGACGAUGAUCUAGAACACCAUUUCCUUCACAAAUAACCUCGAGAGAAUACCCAUACUACAGAGGGGAGACGUCCACACAACCAUAUCGAAACGGAGAGGAUAUUCCCAUAUACAUAUGUAUAGCAUGUGGACAUGUACAGGAUAUGGCUGAACACACUGUGAGGAGAAAGGGAAUCAAUGGGACCAUCCAAGAUGCUAUGUCAUUUAAUGAUUAGUCGUCGCACUAUCCAUUGACAUUGGAAUGCUGUUCCCUGUGUUAAACAUAUGGCAGAUUGUUAUUUAUAACACUAAAUUGACAACAGCACACAGUUGGCCAAGAUAAACGUAUUGAUAUAUUUUUUGUUUAUAUUAUUUUUCAUUCUUUAAAUGUUGAUGUUUUUAAUACAGUCUA